GAAAAAUCUCGCUCGGUUGAGACCAUGAAACCACCCACGUGUAACGGAGCAAGAAAAUGUUUCAGAAUCCGAUGAAAAAUGGCCGAGUAAAGCUUGAAAGACAACUGCGUCAGAUGCAAUUUAACAUACAACAGCUCGGUAUCAAAGGAUAUAUUCUCAGAAAAACACGAGUGGAUAUACAAAACAUUGCUUAUUAUUGCAGACUGACAGAAUACAGAGCUACAAAUCGAACAUGUCGCAGAAAUCCAAGCGUAAAGCUGCCAUGAUGACAGCCGAGGUGGUGCCAGGCUCAUCAACUGAAGUUGCCAAGGAAGUGGCUAAGUCUGAACUACUGGGCUCGCAGGAGAAAAAGCAGAAAACUACUGAAAAGGGCGACUCGAGUUCAUCCAAUCAACAGACGGAGGAAGAAAUAAACAAGUACUUGGAUGACACUUUUGAAGGAAGACGUGCAUUUGUCACAGAGGAAAUGCCAGCGAUUAUUGUACUGAAAGAGCACUUUCCACAGCUCUUCAAAGGGAGGCAAAUGCUGGCAGAGUUUCAGAGGAUAACUGGUAUGGACAUCGAUCACCUGAUUCAGGAAUACUGUGUAAAAUAUGCUUCAACAAUCAUUAGUUUAGGACAUCAGACCCCCGGAUCGGGAAGCAUUCUAAAGCGCGCUGAAUCAGUGAAACAGCAGAAUGUGGCGCUAAAACAGUACUGGGACAUGGUAACGGCGCUCUGCCUGAUCCCACUGCUGCUGAAGGAAAAUCUCAUGGAGAUGGUGAGAGAAAUCGGAACAGACGAUGAAGUAGACCCCAGGGGAAAGAUCGUCCCUAUUCUCAUCUCGAAGGGAUCCAUAUUCCGAAGUGAUGAAUUUGUUUUGAUUGUUGAAGAGGAAGUGGUCCAAGAAUUCGAGGAGUUCACAAUUGCAUUGGGAACACUGUUUUCCGCAUACUGGGUCUUCAACAUGCAGUAUCCAAGAACACUAAGCCACACAUACAACUUUAUUCAGAAAGCCAUUCUACACCUGAGAGAUGGCACUCCAUUCCCCCCUGUGUGUAAACAGCUGGUGCUGAGGUUACAGAAAAUGUGUACCCAGGGAAAACGUGGUACCCACACAUAAAAUUUUCUUAUAAGUUCCAAAUUUUAAUAUAUUGAUGUAAAUCAAUUUAUUUAUGCAUGGAAAAUCGCAUGGGGUCCAUGGGUAAUUUGGAAUCGAUAGGUGCAACAAGAGUGAAUUGCUUUUAUAUUCCUACAUGGUACAUAUGUACCUUACACUUUGGCUUGCAAUGAUACCAGCACAUCACAAAAUUAAAAUCCAUACGUAAAGCACUGCAAAUGGGUUCAUAUUGAAUUUUUUUUCCCUUGUCCUUCUCUUAUUAUUGGGUCACCUGAGUUACUCAGCUGAGUUCCUAACUUCCUGCUGUCUGUGGUCGUUCAUUGCAGUGUGUUGUUAACUUAGGAACAUUUUUUUUAGUUCAUCUAUGAAACUGACGAAUGUUCACCAAAAUUGCUGUGCAGCAUCUUAUGGGGUAGGAAACAAGUAUUUUUGAAUUUUGUGACCCUCCCAUUUUGAAGUCUUAGGGAUACAUGUAGGGUUUAAAUAUCAAUAAAUAGUACAAUCUUUAAAAAAAAAAAAAUUUUUACUCCUGGGCAUCUGGUACUAAAACAAGGUACAUCAUUAUACUGAACUAGAAAACUUUAACAAUUGUGAAAUGCAUUGCCCCUGGGCUCGGGCUCAAGGGUAGGACAGUAUUCAUCACAGUAAAACUGCAUUGAUUUUUUUUUAUUCCUGAACAUCUGGGAAACGAACUACUGUAGAAUCAUUUUAAUUCGGGGGGGGGGGGGGGGGGGGGGGGGGCAAUUUUCAUGAUGGAUUGCUGAAAUUUUUACGGGUUCGUGGGGACAUAAUUUUGUGAAUUUAUAUAUUUGUAAGAAAGAUAACUCUGGAAUGUAAUUAUGAUUCUUUAUUCGUUGAUGAUGUAAAUUCGUGGGUGAGGAGUACCCACGAAUUCCAUGAAAAUUGAGCCACCACGAAUUCUAAUAAUUCCGCAGUACAUGCAGUUAUAUUGAGCAUGGAGGGCUCUUUUAAAUCUUGUGAAAGUAAGGCCCCUAGAUCAGAGGCUCAAGCAGGAUAGGGUUAUAUGAAUCAUGCAGUAAAAUACAUUGUUUUAGAUAUAAUCUUUUGUAUUUCCGAACAUCUAAGGAAUAAACUAACGGUAGAUGCAAAGUUUUACUGAGCAUUGAGUCCUCCAUUAAAAUAGUGAGAUUGAUGACCAUGGGAGGGGUUCAGGCUCCAGGGCACGGCUAUAAGGAUCACUCGGUGAAAAUGCAGUAUUUUCAAUCUGUAGAAAUCUUCACUCCUGAAUAUCAGACAUAAGAACUCUGUGUGUAGUGAUAAUGAGUAUUAAGGCUGCAACUAAAAUGAUGAAUUCCUUGGUCCAUGGACUAGGGGUUCAGAUCUCGGUGAAGGAGGUCGCAUAGAGAAAAUGUAUUUAAUCUUUAGAUAUCUUCCUCAUCAACUCUGAACAUCCAGCACACAAGCUAGAUGCAUUAGUUAAAAUGAACAUAAGGGGCUGCCCCUAAAAUUGUGAAAUUCAUAACCCUGAUUAUUUGUUCCAAGCCCCAUGAUGUGGCUUUUGUGAACUAAAGAUACAUAUAUUAUAUGGUGUCAUCUUAAAUUGUUUAGAAAUGAUCUUUACUCCUGAACAUCUACCCCAUACUUUGCACAAAGAAAUAUUUAUCUGGGCUGCAGCUUAGUAUUUGUUAGAUAUUAGCAUGUUAUUUGUGAUCAGAAAAAUGACAGUUAAGGCUCUUUAGUCUCUUGUGAUGUUAUUCUUAUUUCUUUAUAUGAUGCAAGUUUGCAUUAUACUUGUAUUAUAUAUUCAUUUUGGAACUGUCACAUAUUUUCAAGUAAUUUUCAUGUUCAUAUAAAAUUUUGGUGCUUGCAGCAUUAGGAGCGGAUAUGUUUUUUGCUGUUAGAGUUAUCAUUCUUUAACUACAAAGUGCAAUAUUGAAGUAUUUCUGUAUAAAAAAAAUCAGCUAUUUCAUCAGCUAGUAAAAAGCUUCAAGGGCAGAUAGUCUUGAAACUGUUUACCAGACAUAGGAUUUCACACAGGCCUUUUCCUCCCGAGUUAUCAUUUAUGACAUCUACUGAAAAUUGCCCCAUUUGAUUGACUCCCUUAGCAGAAGGUCAUGUUUCUGCUAUUUUGUUGUUUAAUUGAUAGUUUGAUAAAAUCUUAUUUACUGGGUAUUGAACCAGUUGACCAAGUCUUACUAACUGGGUAUUGUAAUUUGAACCAGUAACUAGCUUAUUGCCCCCUCAACAGUAACAACUCUGUUCGUCAGCUACAUGUAUUAUAUGCUUUGGUUGUGUCUCGGUUAUAGCUACUGUCUAGGGAGUAGUAAACUUGUCGGGGGGGGGCUCUAUAAAUUCACUGUUGUACCCCUAAAUCAAUCCUGUCUUCCUGGGGCUUGAAUCUCGAGAUUCUUUUAAGGAAUUGAUUUUCAUUAUUACUAGUCAUGAAUGUAGAUCUUGUUUACACAGUAUUGUGCCAUAUAUGUAUAUUUAUAAAAUGUGCAAAAUCAUUUAUUCACAUCAAUCCCGUUAUUAAGGGAGAGAUGUUUUUUCCUAAGCAAAGUUGAGAAAAUACCGAAUGCCAAAUAUGGAACUGAAUGUGUAAUGUGAAAUAUUGUAUUUGUACUUGAAGGAAUGCCUUAUUUUCUGUCUACUAGCAACUGAACAUAUGCUACAUUUUUAAAUAUUGAAUUUAGAGCAGUUGUGCGAUUUAGUGUAAACACAUGUACAUGGUCCAGCUCAUACUUAAUUUAUGGGCAAGGUGCUCUUUUAGAAAAGUUGGUUGUUUUUAUUCAGAUUUUUUGUAUGUUUUCUCAUAAAAUCCAUUGUAACAUUGAUUGAUUGAUUUAAUAUUGUUUAACGUCCCUCUCGAGAAUAUUUCACUCAUAUGGAGACGUCGCAUAAAAUCCAUUGUAACAUUGCGGAUUCCUUACUUACAAUUUCUGGGAACUUAAAAUCAUGAGUGCUUAGGGAUUUAAAUAGUGAGAAAUAAAGGCUUCUGGUGAAUUAAUUAGAAAUUUACAGUAGGUGCAUAUGAAUGAGUAUCGCUUUAGACUGAGAAUCUACAAUUUGUCAUAUUGACACUAAACUGCUCUAUUUUUGGUCCCCUACUGGAAAAGCUGAAAGGAAAACUACUUGUUUGUACUCCAUCUGUCUGUCUGUUCUUCCGUCUGUCACAACUUAAGCUUUCUGGACUUUUUCCAUUAUGCUUUGAUUUAGGAAGAUGAAAUUUGGUUCGCUGCUGUAACUUUUAAAUAUUUUCACAUUUUUAUGAAAUUUAUGGAACUUUGUGCAAAGGACUUGACACGGAGCCAGUAGGGGAAGUGUAUUGCUAUACAAUACUUUCAGAAUGAGAUAUGAACAGCAACGAUUUAAGCUUGCAUACUUCAUGAAGCUUGUUAUAUUUAUGCCCCGAAGAUCGGGGGGCCAUAUUGUUUUUGUCCUGUCUGUCAUUCUGUAAUUCUGUCUGAAACUUUAACCCUGCUGAUAACUUUUGAACAGUAAGUGAUAGAGCUUUGAUAUUUCACAUGAGUGUUCCUUGUGACAAGACCUUUCCGUGGGUACCCUCAUUUUUUACCCUUUGACCUUGGAGUUUGACCUACUUUUUGAAAACUUUAACCUUGCUAAUAACUUUUGAAGAGUAAGUGAUAGAGCUUUGAUAUUUCACAUGAGUAUUCCUUGUGACAAGACCUUUCCGUGGGUACCAUCAUUUUUUACCCUUUGACCUUGGAGUUUGACCUACUUUUUGAAAACUUUAACCUUGCUAAUAACUUUUGAACAGUAAAUGAUAGAGCUUUGAUAUUUCACAUGAGUAUUCCUUUUGACAAGACCUUUCUGUUGGUACCAACAUUUUUGAUCCUUUGACCUUAGUUUGACCAACUUUUUGAAAACUUUAAUCUUGCUUAUAACUUUUGAACAGUAAGUAAUAGAGCUUUGAUAUUUCACAUGAGUAUUCCUUGUAACAAGACCUUUCCAUGGGUACCAACAUUUUUGACCCUUUGAUCUUGGAGUUUGACCUACUUUUUGAAAACUAACCUUGCUUAUAACUUUUGAACAGUAAGUUAUAGAGCUUUGAUAUUUCACAUGAGCAUUCCUUGUGACAAGACCUUUCCGUUGGUACUAAACCUUUUGACCUUGACACUUAACCUACUUUUAAAAAAAAUUACAUUGGUCAUUACUUCUAAAUGGUAAAUAUUAGAGCUUUCUUAUUGUACAUGAGCAUUUCUUGUGACAAGAUCUUUCUACUGGUAAGACAUUUGUCCUUGUGACCUUGGCCAUCUUCGGAAUUGGCCAUUAUCGGGGGCAUUUGUGUUUCACAAACACAUCUUGUUUUUAUUUACAUUCUUCUUUCAUACAUGCAUUGUUUACAACUGCAAUGCAUUCAUGAGGAAAUGACUAUCGAUACAAUUUGUAGAGAUAUCAAAGAUAAAAGCAUUGAAAAUGUAAAUAUAUGUGUCUGAUUGCAUUGUUUAUGCAGAACCAGUUUAAGUCGUAUGUUUUACAAAUCCAUUUUGAUCAUGAUUUAUACAUAUUUAUGUAACACUCUCAAUGCAUGUGAAUUCAGCCAGUAGUUUUUGUUAUUCUAAGCUUGGUGUAUGACAAAUUAUUUCAGCUAUAUAAUGAACAUGAUCAAAGUAAAUGGUCUUACAGGUCAAAAUAUCUCUGUGUGUCACGGCCAGAGUAUCUGGAUGUCCGUGCUCAGAUUGUUCCAUAUAGUUAGGGUAUGGUCAUCGUAUCCAGGUCAUGCAUAUUUAACUUUGUCUUCUCUUCACAAUGAGCUGUAUAUUGAACAAAAAUGCUUCUGGAACACCAUUAACAUUGUCUUUGUCGGCAGAAUUCUGCCACUUGUACUCAAAUUUUGCUUGUACGAUUUUAACUAAUUUUACUAUGUAUGCAACACGAAAACCAACCAACAUUUUGAAACCAGGUUUUGUUUUUUAUCUUUUGUGUGUGAUUAGUGUGGUAAUGUUCAUUAGAGAUUAAUAAGGUAUGAGUAUUUUGUUACAUUUUUUUUAUAAUUUAUUUUCCUUACGUUUCACCAGAUAGAAGAAGGCAUCAAGGCAUUUUUGUUUUUAUUAGUUAUUGUUUCUGUUACUGUUCUUGUUGUAAAUUGUCAAGAAAGAAAAAAAGAAACCAAAAUCUG